CAUACAACCAUGGUAUUGAUAACAAGAUACUUACCAUCGGUAAUCGAUAAUAAUAGACCUGUAUUGGAUGGUGUAACAUCAAAGGAGCACAUAGUGGAUGCAGUGUUGCAUAAUACAACGGUUGGUGUGAUCAAUCAGUUGAUGGUGCUGGCCGAGCAUGCCAAUAGUAUCUUCACGGCACUGGCCACCGAGACCACGCAGAUCACCACGCGACUCAAUCGAUUGAACGUGCGGCUGGCGCCGCUCACCCAGAUGGUGCCACAGGUCGAGUCCUACCACCAGCGCACUCCCAUCGAGACGAUGAACAGCAAGGCGCGUGCAGAGUACCACGCCGAGAACGCCGAGCGACAUCAGCUGUUCACCACGGUGUCGAUGCCCGAGACCCUGACGGUGAUCUACCAGGAGGUGUGUCGGCCGCCACCCAACCUGGCGCAGCUGGAUCCGUUCAUGGACGAUGGCGCUAGCGCGCUGAAGCUGUACACCAACCCCAAGUUCUUCAUCGAUGAGUGGGUGGCCGAGAUGAAGAAGCAGAAUGAGGAGGCGCGUCAGCGACGUCGUGAGCGCAGGGAGGCGCGUUUGAAGAAGAAGGGCGAGAAGGUCGACACCACCGAGGUCAAGAAGGUGAAGCGCGUGCACAAGGUGCGCUACGACCCAGUCACUGGAGAGAAGAUACUCAUCGCAGUCGAUGCGCCGACCACUCAUCAGGCUCCAAUUGCCAUCCCCCAGCCUCAGCAGCAACAGCAGCAGCAACAACAGCAACAACAACAGGUGCAUUACAACCCUGCGAUGCCAUAUCAACCGCAGCAACCAGCCGUGUAUAAGCCAUCACCGAUCAAUAACAGCAACAGCUCGGUGCCACCUCCACCAAACAUGCAGGCACAAGGCAUGCCACAGCAUCAAUCAUUCAACCAGCCCAGCAACCUGUCGAUGCCGCCACCUCCCCCGCCCAUCUCGGGCAACUUCACCGCGCCACCUCCCCCUCCCUCUGGAUCAAACAUCUACAGACCGGCCAACGCGGCGCCGGCCGCACCACCUCCUCCUCCUCCUCCCGGACCCGCUCCACCUCCCCCUCCACCCAUGGCCAGCAACCUGGCCUCUGCACUGGAGGCUGGCGGAUCAUCACUGCGUCACACCGAGACCACAAAGGCCAAGCCUGAUACCAGGUCCGACCUGUUAUCGGCCAUUGUAGCCGGUAUGAACUUGAAGCCUGCCGAGGAGAGGAAGGUGCCCGAGAAGACGGAGGCUGUGAGGACUGAGGCCGUCAACGUUGCCGACAUCCUUGCCAGAAGAAUUGCAUGGGCUCCAAGUGACUCUGAAGAUGAUGAUGACUCUGAUGACGAUUCUGAUUGGGACUAA